AUGGUCCAUUCGUUCCUGUUCAAGACUGCGGCCUUGGUGUCAUCGAGUCUGCUGACAUCGGCUGGAGCUACUGGCGUGGGUCAAGAGGGGGUCAUCACUCUCACGCAUCCGUCUGGCUCCAACCUGAAGAUAGACACCUUUGGCGCAAACAUAUUCUCGUUCAGCCCGUCCUAUGACCCGUUUGGGAACGUGCUGGUCGUGCCCAGAGAGACGGUCCAUGACGGCCUAAAACCUAUCGGUGGCGGCAUCACCGUCGUGUUCCCGAACUCCGAAGCUUCCAAGGACUAUCCUGUUCCUGAGCUCGGUUUCGCCCGGGUUAGCAGAUGGGCCGUUGAGCAUGUGGAGCUGGCGAGUGAUGAAAGCUCCUACAGUUCUGCGUCGCUCCGCUUGGAGUCAUCGGACGCCACCCAUCAGAUGUGGCCUUUUAAGUUCUUGCUAAUGUACACGGUGCGGUUGGACUCUUCUUCGCUCGAAACGGACCUCACGGUGAUGACCACUGGCUCAGGAGGGAUGAGCUUCCAAGCGCUGCUGAACAACCACUUCUACGUCAACGACAUUCGUGACAAUGGUGUGGCGAUUUCGGGCCUGCAGAAUGCCGAGUACCUUGACCGCGUGACAGGAACGACUCAGAACGAUACACGCGAGAGCUUUAGCAUCGUGUCGCGGGUUGACAGCAUCUACAAGGACGUCAAGAGCGACGUGACCGUUACUAUUAAGGGUAACGGAUUCAACGAAGAGGUCACCAUCCAGAAAACUGCCCGGUUUAACGAUGGUCGCAUCGCAACGAGUGCCGCCAAAACGGACUGUGUCGUCUCGAACCCCUGGAACGAGGAUACCAAGAGUGACUUCAGUAACGAGGAGUACAUUCACAUGGUCGCGAUUGGAGUCGGAGGGAUGAGUGAAAACCUUGGGGUUAUUCCCGGUGUGUCCUACUCUCUCAACCAAGUCAUCACAGUCUCGAAGUCCACAUAG